CGUUGGCUGGAUGCUAGUCAGUGCAUUCCUCGGCAGUGUUCCUGAGAUUGCUACUGAAUGCUUCUCCUCUCCACGUAUUGCCACAUCGAUGCAUGCAACGUUUCGCCAUCGGUUUAAAUUAGUUCAGCAAGCUAAAGGAGGCGGGCAAUUACUGACGAGUAGGCGCUGUAAUUAUAAACGUGCGCGUGCGUGCGUGAGUGCGUUCAAAGACACGCGCGCGCAUCAUUGACACCGUCCGUGUUGUAAUUCACUGGUGCGUUGUGGGUUAUAGAGUUGGUAACCAAGAGGGACGAUUCGCGCUGAAGGUAAUCAGAUCCGCGUAGAGCUGUAGCCACUCAGGACAUCACUGAGAGAGAGAGAUCCCCAGUGCGAGGAGAGGCGAGGAUACAUCAUAUACCAGUGAGUGAGUGUGAGUGAGUCGAGUUGAACGAAGCGCGUCUGCGCUGCGUCGUCAUCGUUUCUUCUUCGUCUUGUGGAAGUCGGAAGACGGGAGAGACAUGGCCACGGUGGUUGAAAAGAAAAGGGUCUACUCGGAGCGGCGCAAGGAGAAGUCCCGUGACGCGGCGCGGUGCCGGCGCGGCUGGGAGACGGAGGUGUUCGCCCAGCUGGCGCGGGAGCUGCCGCUGCCACCCGCAGCCUCCGCCGCGCUGGACAAGGCGUCGGUUAUGCGGCUCGCCAUCAGCUACCUGCGCCUGCGCCAGCUGCUGCCGCCCAGCCGGCUGUCCCGGUGCGACGCGGCGGCUGCUGCAGCGGCGGUGGAGGAGGAGGAGGAGGACCACGCUGGCGGAUCCGGCAGCUCCCUGGACGCCCUCACCCUGAGGGCCCUCGAGGGCUUUGUGAUGGUCCUGUCGAGCGAAGGCGACAUGACCUACCUGUCCGACAACGUCGGCAAGCACCUGGGACUGCCGCAGGUGGAGAUGACCGGGAACAGCAUCUUUGAGUUCAUCCACCCGUGUGACCAGGAGGAGCUCAGGGAGGUUCUCGCGCAGAAACGUGGCGCUGCCAGGAAGGGUGCGGACGCUGGCACGGAGAGGGACUUCUUCGUCCGGAUGAAGUGCACCAUCACCAGCCGCGGCAAAACCGUCAACCUCAAGUCGGCCACGUGGAAGGUCCUGCACUGCACGGGUCACAUGCGCGUGUGCGGUGACCCCUCGGGGUCAUUCCCGGACGGGAUGGAGCAGCAACAACAACAGAGGCAGCAGCAUCAACAACACCAACAGCAGCAGCAGCAGCUUCAUCAUCAGCAGCAGCAGCAGCAGCAACAGGCAUCGCCUCGCGCAUUUCUCGGAGCGCCGUCGGUGCCCAGGGCGUCGUCCAUCCCGGCCGCCAGCUGCCUGGUGCUGCUCUGCUCGCCGAUCCCGCACCCGGCCAGCAUCGAGACGCCGCUCGACAGCCGCACCUUCCUGACGCGCCACGCCAUGGACAUGAAGUUCACCUACUGCGACGAGAGGAUAACCGACCUGAUUGGGUAUCACCCGAAGGAGCUGCUCGGCCGCUCGGUGUACGAGUACUACCACGCGCUCGACGCGGAGCGCGUCACCAAGUCCCACCACCACCUGUUUGGCAAGGGUCAGGCGACGACUGGCCACUACCGGAUGCUGGCGAAGCGCGGCGGCUUCGUGUGGGUGGAGACACAGGCCACGGUCAUCUACAGCCCGCGCAACGCUCAGCCGCAGUGCGUGGUGUGCGUCAACUACGUGCUCAGCGGCGUGGAGGAGACCGGCACGGUGCUGUCGCUGGAGCAAACGGAGCGGCUGCUGAAGCCUCGCCCCGGCGAUUCGUCGCCGCCGUCGUCACCGUGCGCCAACCCCGGCGGCAUCGUUGGCGCCGCGACGAUGGGCGAGUCGCUCUUCAUGAAGCUCAAGGAGGAGCCGGACGAGCUGGCGCUCAUCGCCCCCACGGCCGGCGACGAGGUCAUCAGCCUGAACUUCGGACUCGGCCAUCGCUGCGGCGGUGGCGGUGGCCUGCAGCAUCCGCCGUUGUACUCGGACCUCUCUCUCUACGACGACGUGGCACUGCCCAGCCCCGAGCGGGGGGACCGUGAGCCUCCGCUGGGGUUGCCCCUCACUCCGCCGAUGGCCGCCCCGCGGGAUCCGCGACCGCCCCGCGACUCGGCCUCCGCCGCCUUCUUCUGCGACGCGCGAGUGCCGCAGCCCUCUGCCAACCGGCGCCAGGACGGUGCUGGCAACACGCGCUCCACCUCCGAGGAAUCCUUCUCGCCCCUGGGUGGAGACCUCCGAAUCGACACCAUCGAGAAGCUGUUCAGUGUGGCUCCGGAAACGAAGGCCCCAGCGCCCACACAGGAAUUUGGCAGCGAUCUGGACCUUGAGACGGUGGCUCCGUACAUCCCCAUGGACGGCGAGGACUUCCUCCUCUGCAUUCCGGAGUCCGCUCCGGGUUUUUACUCCGACUCCCCACUCCCCAAGAGCCCCCCAGGGGCCACGGGCCCACCCGGAACUCCGGCUACACCUCGCCACCUGCACUCCGGCAUCUUUCAGCCCCCCGAGUUCCAGCAACCGCUUCGGACCCUGGCCGCCCCCUCUCCAAUUUCCCAGCAUGCACCGCUGCCCGAGAUCAGCUUCCGCCUGGACGAGUUCGGGGUGUUCGGCCUCAACCGCCUGGAGGAGACGCGGCACGGCAAGAGCCCUCCUUCCCCCGCCACGGCGGCCGGCGCCGCCGCCAGCGCUCCGAGCGCGUGGGUCCCGUCGACACUCACGGCCAAGAGACCCAAGUUGGACUCCCCCUGCGAGGCCGUGCCUCCCCGCGUGGGAGCGAACGCCCCGUCGCGGAUGCUGCCCCUGGCCUACCCAGCGCCGCACCAGCAGCAGCACCAGCAGCAGCAGGCGUACGCUCCGAGGCCGAGUGACGGUGCCCACUACGUGGAGAUGCCAGGGUCCCUGGCUCGGUUCUCCGGCCCCUUCAUGGCCCACGUCGCGGCCACCGCCGCCUCGUGCCGCAAGCGUCGGCUGAGCAACGAGGGAGCCGCGUCGCCCAUGAACCUCGCCGCCUACGCCCAGCAGCCCGGCCUCGGCGCUUCGCUCGCCGUGCAGCCCGAGCCGUACGCCGGGAGGGCGUGCGGACUCCCCGCCCACGGGGACUCGCGCUGGAGCGGCGGGGACUGCGCCACCGACAAACUCGCCGGCCCUGGCAGGGGCCGCCAGACCCUCUGCCGUAAACCCGCCACAGACGUGGCGAGCCGGCUGCUGGCCGGCGGGAGCUCGCUGCCCGAGCUGACGCGCUACGACUGCGAGGUGAACGCCCCCGUCGUCGACUGCCGCCGCCUGCUGCAGGGAGUCGAGCUUCUGCGGGCCCUGGACCAGACGACGUAAACGCGCGGGGGACGAGCAGAACGACGACGACGACGUCGACCGCCGUCGGAGCGCUCCUCAGCCUUCUCUGCCUUCCCCCCCCCCACCUCGCCCCGCCCCCACCACCCCAGUCCCCGGUGUCACUUGGGCGGUCGGCCGAGAUGACCGC